AUGAGCCGCCGACAACAUAACUCCCGCAGUGAGGACGGUUCACUGUGCACCGACGAGAGCAACAACACCGCUCCUGCAUCCACAAAAAGGAUUACGCCAGCUCCGGCUCGGAAACGACCCGUCUUGCCUUGCACUACCACCUCCACUGGCUCACCCAUCGAAGGGACUCCAAGCCGUUCUUCUCGCUUUGCAGGUUCACCGGCUCAACUGCACGGAUAUUCUCGCGCUCACGGCGCAGGAUACGAUCCUUCCGAGAGAAAUCUGGAUUUUUCGUAUUCUGGAUCACCUCCAAACAGCCACACCGGGAGCUUGGGAAAUAGCAGUGUGACUAGGGAUGGCGACCAACAUGGUCGUCGUCCCAGCAGCUCGCGAACCCAAUACUCGUACAGUCACAGUGCGCCCAACACAUACAAUCGAGGUUUGCCUGGCAACAAGAUGGAUCUAGUUCGCCAACGUGCGGGCUAUUCACAGAAUGCAUCAAACCUGACGGGUGCAUCCUUCAAUUCAGAAUCGGUAUUGCCAAACAUGCUCGUACAGUCGGGAGGGCUCCAUGCUAUGCACUUAUCGCAAGCAAAUACAGGACAAGUCUCAGGAAAUCAAGCUUCCACGAAUAUCACACGAGGGUUCCCGCAUGUCCUGCAGCCAUCGCAAAGUCUUCCAGCUCAAGAAACACCGCGAGGAUACCAGCCAAUCGGCCCUCGACCAGUUUCUUCUGGCCACAACGCACUGCCUAUGUUAUCCAGUGCUCUCGACCAGCUCCAUUUCAAGUCCAAAGAUCAGGCGCAGGAAUACCUGAAUCGUCCAAUCCACUACAUCAUCCCAGGCCUAUGGGCCGUGCCGCAGACAGAUGCGGCCAUGGCUCUCUACGUUGAAAAGUUGGUCAAGGCAAUUGCCAAUAUCGAAGACAUAUGGGAUGGAGAAGAAUGUCCCUGGUCGCUGCUCAAGUUCCAGCCGGGCGGCGAAUGCACAAAUCCGAUAUACGUCGAGUCUAUCGCCUGGGCCCUGGUCAGCGACACCAUGAAGAUCCAUCGGGACGGCAUUAUUGGUCCCCAAUUUAGUCACGCAUCUCACUUCAAGGUGGAGGAUACGACAGAUCUGGAAGUCACCUUCCCGCAGCGUAUCGAUCUCCUCGCGAAGCUGCUAUACCACAGCAAGAUGGCUGCUUCUGAGGUCAUGAUUCGUCAAUACGUUGACAAGUAUAUUGCUAUGCCGUUUGCGCACUUGAUGCAGUUCCCUCAAUUCGUAAACAUUUGGACGGCGAUUCCUGAAAAUGAGCGGAUUCGUAGACAUGAGAUUCUGCCAUAUCCUCGUUACUCGAGGCACUUCACUAUGGCAGAGGGCAUGCGAUUGUUAGCGGAUUAUCAGGAGAAGCAACGCCUUUUCCCGCCAACAAGCUCGCAGAACCCAGGAUCUGACAACUCAGGCGAUCCAUCGUCUUCUGAUGGUCUGGGGCAGCCAGCAAACUCGCCGCCAAACGAUCCAGAUACACGCACUGCGAGCAAUUUCGGUGGACCAUUGGACCAUGGAUCCCCGGAUAUGGGGUUUCUUGCCAUUCAGCCCUCUGAUAUUUUUUCUUCGCCCUGGGGAACAGACGCAGAGCGACUCUUUGGUUUCGAAGGCAUGGGGUCCUUCUCUAGGGCACCUGGGUCAGCACCUGACGGCGGAGUAAUUCAGUCUUCGGUUGGAGAGAGGUACGCCGGGGGCACUGUGCAGAGAAGCAAUGAGAUUGCUUUUGGUAUUGCUGGUGCUGCUCUGCCUGGUUACCGUCAUAUUGCAGCGAAGAGUGACAGUGGUGCACAGCAAGAAGUCUCGAGCGAGGUAGGGUCGGCUAAUGUCGCUGAGAUGGACCACUCAAGAACCAACUAG